CUCGGGCUUCUUACCCGCAUAAUUGCGAGAAAUCUAGAUUUCCUUACGUUUGUUCGUUAUGAACAGGAAACUACUUAUUAUGGCUUUAAAUUACUCGAGGCGAAGCAAGCUGUGCUGCAAGGUUUACUCUGUUUGAAGUAAGAAAAGAAAGGAAUUAUUAGAAUUCUGCACGAAUCAAAAAUUAAUUAUAAUUUCGCAAUUAAUAUAAAUCUUCGCAUUCCGGUGAAAUGUAUGUGUGUAAGUGGUUCAAGGCUGAAUACAGUGCUUGUAUGCGUGUAUAUGUCAAGGCAAUACAUAUGAUGACAUAACAUAGUUCGUGGAAAUCUCUGUUUCUACAAUUUAAGUCGACGUCACUUUGAUGUUUUUUCCGUGACUGUCAUUUUUACACAUAGUGUAAAUAAUGAAAUAGCACGUUAACUCGUUACUAUUAAUGGUAACAUGAUUCUAACCAACAUGUAAUAAGCGUUUUCUACACAAUUGUACAAUGCUUUCUCUGUGACAGAAAAUCUAUGACCUGAUGAAUGAAGUGCGAUCACUAAUUAAGCAAAGUGUCAAAAAUAAGAAAUAAUUUUUAAAGAAAUGCGCAGAAAAACUAUAAAUUCUAUUGUACAUUUAUUGCCAAUGACAGAAUUAAUGUUGUCAUUAAUUUGAAAUAUGAGUAUAUACCAGAAAAUAAGUGGAAUAUGUAUUAUCUCCUAAGUAGAUGAUAUACAUAAAAAAGAUAUCCAAUAUCAAUGGUUACUUAAAUUUAUAUUGAAUCCUGAACACUUGCCCUAUUAGUAAUGGAACAGAGUGAUAAUAUUUUAGAAGAUAUAGAAGAAGCAUUUCUAGUUUUAACAGAAAGCUUCCUGGAACAAGGUGCAUCAUUAGUAGAUCUUAAGUCUGCUAGUUUAGAAAAUAACAUAAAAAAUAAAAGGAACCACAUCUCACAUUACUUGUGUUCUAAAAAGGUUCUUUUUGCCUUAUUUACACCAAUAUUUUGUAGCAUACUUUUUAAAUAUUUAUAUUUUGAUAUAAUCAGAAGCAUUCGUGAAACUAGAUGCUUAAUACCAAAUAAUUAUUUCAUAUGGGAAUUUACAAGACCGAUAUCAAAUUGUGAUUAUUGUCGGGAUGUUACUUCAGCACUGAUCUUGCCAAAUUUAACAAGAGAAGAAUUCAAACAAUAUGCCUAUUCUUCUAGACCUAUGGUGAUAAAAUAUGCUGCAAGUCAUUGGCCAGCUUCAAAGGUAUUUAGCUGGAAAUUCUUCAAAGAUUUAUAUGAGAAUAUUGAUGGUGCUUAUGAUUCGGUAGAUGAAUGUCAGUUCUUACAUUUCAAAAGUAAUCUUACCAAUUUACGUGAUGUUUUUGCAAUGACUGAAGAAAGAGCUAUGCAGCAUAAUGGUAAAGAUCCUUGGUAUGUUGGUUGGAAAAAUUGUCACCUUCAGAUUUUGGAUAUUAUGAAACGGUACUACAAUCUACCUCAUUUUUUACCAGAGGAUGCAGAGGUUCCUUACUCCAAUUAUGUCUUUUUAGGAUAUGAAGAAGGUGCUAUUAUGCAUCUAGAUUAUAUUUCGCGUCUAAUGUGGCAAGGGCAAAUUAUAGGCAAUAAAACGUGGAGCGUCGCUCCGACUCCGGAAUGUGAUAAUGUUUGUACGCGUUUUAAUUUUACUGUUUAUGCUGGAGAUAUUGUUUUGUUGGAUACAAGAAUUUGGUAUCAUAGCACUUAUGUAAAAGGAGGAAACUUUAGCUUGACAGUCACUUCAGAGUAUGGAUAGAUCUUUAUAUGUAUAUUGCAAAAUUGUAUUUGAUCAAUUUUACAAACUACAUAGAUAGGAUUCUAUGGAGUCGAAAAUUUUUAUAUUGUAAAUUUGAAAAAUCCAAAAUGUUUUGCCUUGUUAAAUUAUUGCAUUAUAUUGAUGCUUAAUUAAAUAUACAUAAAGUUAUUAUAUGCACAAAAACUUUGAUAUUAUAGGACAUGCUAUUAAUGAGUAGCAUUACAUUAUUUAUGAAAUUUUUAUAUAGUAAAAUUUUUGGAGGUGCCAUUUUUAAUGAAAGAUAUAUAUAUAUUUACUAAUGCAUAGAUUAGAAUGUAUGGAAGAUUAAAUUUUGCAAUAUUUUAAAUUGCCUAUUUAUUAUAAUUAUUAUGUAUCGAGUUAUAUACAAUUUCUGGAUAUUUAUUGGUUUUGCCAUAGUUAAAAACUAGUGGAAAUAAGAAUUAACGAAUUUUUUGGAUACUAUUAGCACAAAUGAAAAAACAAUUUGUACCGUAAUGUAACUGGCCAUUAUAUGUUUGAAAAUUAUUUCUGUAUUCGUAUAUUUGAAUUCUUAUACAUGUAUAUGCAUUUAAAAAUGCAUGUAGUACAAGCUAUUAUAGAACAUUUUACUUCCAAUAAAGAGAUACAUGCAGUUAAAUACGCUUGGACUAACGAAAUUUCGUGUAAAUUUAAUGCAUAAACUUUACUGAAGGCGAUCAAUUGUUAUUUAAUUUAUAUUUAAUUAUAUAUAUGUAUGUACAUGUACAAAUAUAUUCAGCCUAUAAUUUUUAAUAAAAUAUAUGAAUAUAGAUAAA